GAAUGAGAAAAAAGACGCUGCACAGGCUGAGCCAGUUCCGGCGGGAGUGGCAGCAAGAACACCGAUGGAGGUCACAACGCCAACAACUGAACCGGAAGGACGUGGUACGUUCCGAAAAUUAUUCAUGAAACUGGGCGAAAAAGUUGGCACCGUCAAGGUCUCGGAGCUCAGCCCGGAAUACAUAAACCGAGUAAACAAUGCGGAUGCUUACAAGGAAGUACUUUGUCAACUAGCAGGAGGCAUCAUGCACGUACUGCAGCAAAAUCCAAUAUUCGUACCGGAAGCAGAAUCGACAAUGGAAUUUGAAUGCCCACCGCACGAGGAUCCACUUGAACUACUGGCAGCAUCACUAAUGGCAAUGAGACAAAAUUUUGCCGCUCAUUUACCUGCGCUCGAAGAGCGUCAAACAUUGAUAUCCCGACGUCAAGAGAUGGAUUUUGCAAAAUAUGACUAUACAAACAAUCAGACUCAGCAGAAAAAAGAAAUCUACGAAAAGGCACUCGCACAAUUCAACGAACAGUCAGACGCAAUUUUCAAAAGGCUCGACACAAUCCCAGACAAGAAAGAAACACAUCGAAUGGAGCUGAUCAAACUACUGGAUGAGAUGCGCCGAUAUCAUGACGAUGCUGCACAACAGUGUUUCCGUGUUGCUAAAGCAAAGUGGUAACC